AUGCUGGCCCUUCGGAGAGCUGCCGCGGCAUCGCCGCUGGCCCGCGUGAGCGCCGUGACACGUCGCCGCAUGGCAACGGUCUCGGACAGCCCGCUUGACAGGAAGGUCAGGCAAAACAACUGGGAGGAGAACAACUUCAUCCCUUACAAGAAGCUGUCGGAGAACCUCGCCAUUGUCCGCAGCCGUCUCAACCGUCCCCUUACAUACGCCGAGAAGAUUCUCUACUCGCACUUGGACAACCCGCACGAGCAGGACAUCGAGCGUGGUGUUUCAUACCUCAAGCUCCGCCCUGAUCGUGUUGCUUGCCAAGAUGCCACCGCACAAAUGGCCAUCCUUCAGUUCAUGUCGGCUGGCAUGCCCUCCGUUGCGAACCCCACCACGGUUCACUGUGACCACUUGAUUGAGGCCCAGGUUGGUGGCCCUAAGGAUCUGGAGCGCGCCGUCAACAUCAACAAGGAGGUCUACGACUUCCUUGCCUCUGCCUGCGCCAAGUACAACAUCGGUUUCUGGAAGCCCGGAUCUGGUAUCAUUCACCAGAUCAUCCUCGAGAACUACGCUUUUCCCGGUGGUCUUCUCAUCGGUACUGACUCGCACACUCCCAACGGUGGUGGUCUCGGUAUGGCUGCCAUUGGUGUUGGUGGUGCCGAUGCCGUCGAUGUUAUGGCUGGUCUCCCCUGGGAGCUGAAGGCUCCCAAGUACAUUGGUGUCCACCUGACUGGCCAGAUGUCUGGCUGGACUUCGGCUAAGGACAUCAUUACCAAGCUUGCUGGUAUCACGACCGUCAAGGGUGGUACUGGUCACAUUGUUGAGUACUAUGGCCCUGGUGUCGACACCCUCUCCAGCACCGGUGCCGGAACCGUCUGCAACAUGGGUGCUGAGAUUGGUGCUACCACGUCUGUUUUCCGUUUCACGGAGCGCAUGGCCGACUAUCUGAAGGCCACCAAGCGUUCGGACAUCGCCGACUACGCCCGCGCUUACGCCAAGGAGCUUCGCGAGGACGAGGGUGCCGAGUACGACCAGGUCAUCGAGAUCAACCUGUCCGAGCUUGAGCCUCACAUCAACGGACCUUUCACGCCCGACUUGGCUACCCCCAUCUCCAAGUUCAGCGAGGCUGUCAAGGCCAACGGCUGGCCCUCGGAGCUCAAGGUCGGUCUCAUCGGCUCUUGCACCAACUCCUCUUACGAGGACAUGUCUCGUGGUGCCUCCAUUGCCCGUGACGCUCUCGACCACGGUCUCAAGUCCAAGACUGCCUUCACCAUUACCCCCGGCUCGGAGCAGAUUCGUGCUACCAUUGCCCGCGAUGGUCAGCUCAAGACCUUCGAGGAGUACGGCGGCAUGGUCCUCGCCAACGCCUGUGGCCCUUGCAUUGGUCAGUGGGACCGCAAGGACGUCAAGAAGGGCGAGGCAAACUCGAUUGUCUCUUCGUACAACCGUAACUUCACCGGACGUAACGAUGGCAACCCUGCCACCCACUCCUUCGUUACUUCUCCCGACCUCGUUGUCGCCUUGACCGUCGCCGGCUCUCUGCACUUCAACCCCUUGACCGACAAGCUCAAGGACAAGGAUGGCAACGAGUUCAUGCUGAAGCCCCCGACCGGCGAGGCUCUUCCCGCUCGCGGCUACGAUCCUGGUGAGAACACUUACCAGGCUCCCCCCAAGGAUCGCGAGUCCGUCUCGGUCGCCGUCUCGCCUUCCUCGGACCGUCUCCAGGUCCUCUCUCCUUUCGAGCCUUGGGAUGGCAAGGACGCCAAGGACCUCCCCAUCCUCAUCAAGGCCAAGGGCAAGACCACCACCGACCACAUCAGCAUGGCCGGCCCGUGGCUCAAGUACCGUGGACACCUGGACAACAUCUCCAACAACAUGCUGAUUGGUGCCAUCAACGAGGCCAACGGCGAGGCCAACAAGGUCAAGAACCAACUCACUGGCGAGUUCGACGCUGUCCCCGCUGUAGCUCGUGACUACAAGAAGAACGGUAUCAAGUGGGUUGUCGUCGGUGACUGGAACUACGGCGAGGGUUCGUCGCGUGAGCACGCCGCCCUUGAGCCCCGCCACCUUGGUGGCCUUGCCAUCGUCACCCGCAGCUUCGCCCGUAUCCACGAGACCAACCUGAAGAAGCAGGGUAUGCUCCCGCUUACCUUUGUUGACCCUGCCGACUAUGAGAAGAUCAAGCCCGACGACAGGGUCGACAUCAAGUGCACUGAGCUCGCUCCCGGCAAGAACAUCACCAUGACUGUUCACCCCAAGGACGGCAAGCCCUUCGACAUCCCCUUGGCUCACACUUUCAAUGAGGGCCAGAUUGAGUGGUUCAAGAAUGGAAGCGCAUUGAACACGAUGGCUAAGGCGAACAAGAACUGA